AACCGGUGUGCUCCUGCAGUUCCGUUAUUUACCUGUUGGAGGAAGCACGGACGUGUUUUUGCUUUAUGUUGAUUAAAAACCGUAGAAGAAGAAAAUAGGAAGGCGCUGCGGGAGCAGCAUCAAAAUGUCGGCUCCGAAAACAAUCCCGAAAGAUGCUCAGGUGAUGAUCCAGAUCCUGAAGGACAUGGGGGUCACGGAGUACGAGCCGCGGGUCAUCAACCAGAUGUUGGAGUUCACCUACAGAUACGUGACGACCAUCAUCGAAGACGCCAAGAUCUACGCCACGCACGCCAAGAAGUCCAGCGUGGAUGCGGACGACAUCAAGCUGGCCAUCCAGUGCCGCAUGGACCAGUCGUUCACCUCUCCGCCGCCUCGAGACUUCCUGCUGGAAGUAGCGAGACAGAAGAACCAGACGCCGCUGCCGCUCAUCAAACCGUACACCGGUCCUCGACUCCCUCCAGACCGGUACUGUCUGACGGCGCCGAACUACCGACUCAAAUCCAUCCAGAAGAAGGUGGCGCCGUCUGCCGGCAGGAUAUCGGUACCUCGCCUCAGCGUCAGCGCCGUCUCCAGCCGGCCCUCCACACCCACCCUCGGAACUCCUUCUGUCCAGUCGGUGAGCAGUAAAGUUGGAGCUCCGGUGUCUCUGACGGGUCAGAGGUUCACGGUUCAGAUCCCCCCACCCUCUCAGACGGCCACCACCAAAACCACCACGCCGUCCACCCCCGCCGUCUCCAACGUCCUCAUCAACCCGUCUCUGAUCGGCUCCAAGAACAUCCUCAUCACCACCAACGUGGUGUCGCAGAACGCCGGCGGGGACUCGCUGAAGAGGAAGCACGAAGACGAUGACGACUACGACGCUUUAUGACCACCGACCUGAAACUAAAGGACUAACGUGACGCGGUGGAAACUCCCAUGUGAGAUUAGUGUUGUUUGUUUUUAACGUUCAGAAGAAGAAGAAGAAGA